AUGGAAGGCGUCCCGCCAGGCGAAGAGAAGGUGUCAGAUGGACAAGCUCUACACGGUGCAGGAGAAGUAAACGUGACUGCAGAGAAGAAUGCCGAUGGCAAGGAAGAAAGAGCCAACUUCGAAGCUCCACGACGGUCGUGGAGCACCUUUGCAAGGCGUACACCAAAAAUCAAGAGUGCGUCGGCACCGGACAACAAGAUAGCCGCUGCUGCCGCAGUAACCGACGCCGAAGCCACCACAUCACCCGAAGCUGUAACGGCGCCCGAACCGCCUUCCUCCUCCUCUGCCGGCUCUAGCCCGCAGACGGCGACGUCGCUCUCGACCACAUCGGCCUCCUUUCCCUCCGGCUCGUCGCUCUCCUCCUCCGCCAUUCCUGUCACCACCCCGUCAUCGCUGGCCUCCUCCGCCUCCACGCCCGGCCUGCCGCUCUACCUGUCCUCGUCUUCCCUGCUGGGCAGCGCCAGCAAGCAGGAGCAGCCGGCCGCAGUCGAGCGAAGGUCGUCGGGCCUCAAGUGGUUCCAGCGCAAGACGCCACCGGCAGCGGCGGCGCCGGCCGCCGACAACAGCAAGCCACUCUCCCCGCGAGGCGACAGCGACAAGAAGGACCACCAGCAGCAGGAGAAGAAGGACAGCAGCAGCAGCGGGCCGUUGGAGACCAUCUGCCCCGUGUCGUAUGCGGACUUGAAGCGCCAGCUCGACAUGUUGAAACGCGAAAACAACCGACUGCGCUUCGAGAACAGUCAUCUGUUCAAGGAGCUGGACAUCGUGCACCGACAACUCUCGCUCAAACUGAAGCCACCCACACCCAAACUGAACAAGCAAAACUCUUCGCUGGACAUCCUGAGCUCACAGACGGCCUACUCGUACAAUAUCGACACCGGCCUCUCCUACAACCUCCCUCUGGACGAGUUCUUGGAGCAGUACUACAAGGACUACCCCGAAUCGCUUGCCGACCUCACCAUCUAUCAGCGCAAGGGCAAGCUGGCGUCGUUCAGCAUGCGAAACGGCGGUGAUGGAGUCGAGGAGGACGAGCGGAGCAAGAUCAAGGCCAACCUGGAGUCUGCGCUCAUCAGCCAAGAGGACGGCAAGUUCACGCAAGGCGAGGGACAGACGCCACGACACGAGUCUUUCAUCCCCACGAUCGUCAAGCGCCAGUUCGCCCGGGACGUCCCGAGCAUGAUACGGAUCAAUGGCAAGAUUGUGAAUGGGCGAACGGACAACGAAAAGGUGCUGAUCGCCUACCGAAUCCUGCACGACGGCCUCGCCGGUAACGAUAAGCUGGUCAACCUUGUUAUGAGCCUCGCCAAUCAGAAUCUCGGCAUCUUCAUGUACGAGAAGCUCGUCAAGCACUACACACAGAUAGGAAUGAUUGUCAAGCAGAGCUGGCAUCACUAUCUGGACAUCACGCUGAGCCGGGUGAAGAUCAACAAGUAUACCAACAACAAGAACGUCAUCAACGAGCUCGUCGACGAGUACCUGCGCAAGGAGCGGGCCGCCGCCUCGACGUCAGCCUCGACGAGCCAGCCCAGCCGCCAGAAGUAUGAGGAGGGCGUGGUCUAUCUCUCCGAAGAGGAAUCCAGCAGUCGACGCACACGAUCGCGAGGAAAGGUGGGGCGAGGCGGACGCCGGAGGGCCAGCCGGGCCGAUCUGGCGCCGGCGGAAGCGGCGGAGAGUCCGUCGAUGAUGGACGAGGACAAGGCCAAGCUCGUGGAGGGUAUCGGCAUCUACAUGCUCGCCAUCUUCGAACUCCAGAAUACGGACCUCGAUGGCGCCCCGCUGUUCAUCAAGGGCAUGAUGGAAAUCAGCUUCCGGAACAGCCCCGACGGUGGGGCGGUGCACGUGUUGUACUCGACGCCGGCGUUCGAUGUGCUGUCGUUCGUGCACUCGAUCGACUUGGACGCAUCGCUCGGCGACAGCGGGACGGAGUCCGAGGGCUCCGACGACGACGACGACGGUGACGAGGCCACGAGCAACGCCGAGGCCAAGCGGCAAGAAGAGCGAAGGCUGCGACAUUCGACCGACGACGAACAGGGCAAGAAGGAAGGCCAAGAGGCGAAAGCGAAAGCGAAAACGACGGAGGCCGCCCACGAGCAGAAACACCAAGAAGGGAACACACAACUCGGCAGUGAUGAUGUCCCAGUCGUCGUCGAGGGCGAGAACGAGGCCAAGAUGAAGGAGGCGCACGGCGACGCCGACGCCGACCGACUCCCCACCACCGCUACUACCACUGCCGCCAGCGCCUACCAGGAGAAGCCAGAGCCUCCUAAGGAGUCCUCAACGGCGUGUCAGCAGAUCGAGCAGCCACCCGAACGACCGCAAGACAUGAGCGAUGCCUCUACCGCCGUCGCCGCUGACGACGAGGAUGAGAAGGUGGUGGUACAGAAGGGCCGGCGACGGCGGGUCCUGUCGAUGCGCGACCUCACCCUCGCCGGCAUCCCAGCCCCGGCCAAGGCCGACUCGACGUCGACUUCGCCGCGCGGCGAAGAGGCGGCGGCCGACACGCGGGAGCGCGCGCGGAGCCUCGGGCGGAGGGAGGACGAGGAGUGGUUCCGGCGCAUGGAGGAGGAAGUAGCCGGCCAGACCAGCCCGCGCGGCUCCACCACCGGCACCGGCAAGGAGAACUGA